AUGGCCGACAUCAACACCAUCGCGAAGCAGUUCACCGACUUCUACUACAACACCUUCGACACGAAUCGCGCGAACCUCGGCGCCCUUUACCGCGACAUGUCCAUGCUCACAUGGGAGGGUAGCCAACUCUUGGGUGCGACAUCAAUCAGCGAGAAGCUCGCGGGCCUGCCGUUCGAAAAGGUGCUGCACAAGGUCACGACCCUCGACGCGCAGCCAUCCUCCCCCUCGGUUGCGAGCGUCAUCGUCUCCGUGACCGGCCUGCUGGUGGUCGACGAUAGCCCGAACCCGCUGCAGUUCAGCCAGGUGUUCCAGCUCAUACCCGAUGGUGGCAGCUAUUACGUGUACAACGACAUCUUCCGCCUCAACUACGGUGCAUAG